AAGUUUGCGUUGGAGAAUCCAGAUGGCGGUCUUAGCCUCCGUCAAUGUGUCACACAUUCACCGCACUUGUCUCCCUUCUUUUCUUCAAACAUUUCUUCUUGGAUUGAAUUCAAAUUAGCCUCUGAAAAUGAAACUCCAGUGUCACACAUUGCUGCGAAGAGCACCACUAACUACUUUUCCUUUCAAUUCCACCUCUAAUGGCACCACCACAACCCUAACCCUCUCUGUCUUUCGAUGCCACCAAACUCAUCCUCAUCAACGCCUCAGAUUCAUUCCCGCUUACACCAAAACGGGACCCUCGCCACUUGUUGAUGUCAAUAACAACCAGGUACAACAACAACAACAACAACAAGAGCAAGAAGAUCUAGAGGCCCGCGUUGAGAAGAUUAUAUAUAGAUGCCGCUUCUUGGCUAUUUUUGGAGUGUUUGGUUCUUUAAUUGGAUCUUUCUUAUGUUUCAUCAAGGGUUCCACAAUUGUUGCAGAGUCGUUUACCUCAUACCUUAUAGACCGCACUAAAAUUAUCCAAAUGCUCAUAGAGGCUAUUGAUGUGUAUCUUUUAGGAACAGUGAUGCUGGUAUUUGGAAUGGGCCUCUAUGAGCUCUUUGUCAGUAAUCUUGGUAGUGCAAGCUCUCUGCCUGAUCAAGAUCCUUCUCACAGAUCAAAUCUCUUUGGCUUAUUCGUUCUUAAGGAGAGACCAAAAUGGUUGGAGAUAUCAACAGUGAAUGAACUGAAAACCAAGGUUGGGCAUGUCAUAGUGAUGCUUCUUCUGAUUGGUCUCUUUGACAAAAGUAAAAGAGCUGUUAUACAAACUCCUCUGGAUUUGCUAUGCUUCUGUGCUUCUGUUUUUCUUUCUUCUAGUUGCCUCUUCUUGCUGUCUAAGCUGAAUGAAGCUAAGUGAUUCUCAGUAGAUACAACUUUUCAGCUUCCACACUUGGGACAAAAAUAAAGGAUAUACAAAGUCAUACAUGUAUACAUGUAUGUCUACACUAUACUCAUAAGUAACAAAGUUAGGUGCCCUUGUCUUCACUGAUAUUAUGUAUAUAUAACUACAACUAUAUAUUAGUACAACUGUACGCAUAAGUGGUGUUUAAUAUAUGUAUGCAUUUCCACUA